GGGACAUUCCCCCUACCUCCCUCCACCCCAGCUGGAGCCUGCAGUCAGGACCAAUGAAAGCAAAGUACCUCAUCCGCCCAGUGACUAAGAACUCGCAGUAUUUAAGAGGUAGCAGGAAUGGGCUGGAAAAUUGCUUUUGCUUUCUCCACAGACGGGCACGCUCUCAACUGACGUGGGGUAUCUCAGCUGAAGACAGAGCGAAGGGGGGGGAAAACCUCACAGACUCCCUGCCACAACCAUGUGCUACGGCAAAUGCGCACGAUGCAUUGGACUUUCUCUGGUGGGGCUUGCCGUCCUCUGUAUUGUAGCUAAUAUUUUGCUUUACUUCCCCAAUGGGGAAACAAAGUUUGCCUCUGAAAACCACCUCAGCCGCUUUGUGUGGUUCUUCUCUGGCAUCAUAGGAGGGGGCUUGCUGAUGCUCCUGCCAGCAUUUGUCUUUAUUGGGCUGGAACAGGACGACUGCUGUGGCUGCUGCGGCCAUGAAAACUGUGGCAAGAGAUGCUCGAUGCUUUCUUCUGUACUGGCCGCUCUCAUCGGAAUUGCAGGAUCUGGCUACUGUGUCAUUGUGGCAGCCCUGGGCUUAGCAGAAGGACCAAUAUGUAUGGAUUACCUUGGGCAGUGGAACUACACCUUUGCCAGCACUGAGGGACAGUACCUUCUGGAUACCUCCACAUGGUCCCAGUGCAUUGAACCCCAGCAUGUUGUAGAAUGGAAUGUAUCUCUGUUUUCUAUCCUCUUGGCUCUUGGUGGAAUUGAAUUCAUCUUGUGUCUCAUCCAAGUUAUAAAUGGAAUACUUGGAGGCAUAUGUGGCUAUUGCUGCUUUCGCCAGCAGGUAAGAAUCUGUGUGAAAAUCAAUAUGACUGCUAAAAGAACCACCCCCAGACAGAACCACAACUUUUCUCUAUUUCAUUGUAAUUUAUAUAUUUUACUUGUAUCAAUAUGUAAAACUUUGUACUAAUGUAUCAUAUUCCACAUAUUCUACUUUUAUAAAGGUGUAUAAAGACUGGCAUCUUCACGUGAUGUCAGUGUUUGAACUUAGCAAACACACUUUUUUUAAGGAAUGAGAAAACAAACCACCCUCUGGAGGUAAUUUACAGACUGACUGAUGGUCCUCAGCAUAUCUGAGAUAAACUCUGUGAUGUUCUGGAUAAAAAUAUCAUUCCAUUUACUGUUGUAUAUAUGCACAUGUGUUUUUUAAAUGACAGAUGUUUAGUGCUUUUUUUAAGCGAAAAUCCAACAACCUGAAAAGAUGUGUUUUUUCACUGUUUAUAUGAUGUUUCCCACUCAUAUGCCUACAAAUCUGUGAUGAGAGAGAGGCCUUCUGAACUGCCUUGUGCUCUGUGAUAGGCAAACACUUUCCCAGCGUGCAAGGACUAGUUGAGAAUGUUCCAAUCCAAAUGAAUGAGUUAAAACAUACAAUGCUGCUAGUUGCUUUGAGUACUACCACAUCCUAAAUUUUGCUAACAUGUGUAAAGCUUUUUGUUCUCAAAAGUCAAGCACUAAGAAUUAUGUAUGUGUAGAGAGAAAGGCUAGGAUAGUUGGAGAAGAAGAAAGAUGGGAAACGGAAGAAAGCAGUUGAUCAGCACUACGGGAAAAGGAUAGAAGAACCACAAGGAAAUACCCCCAAAAUUCACUUGUUUA